GAAGAGAUAUUGUGAAGACCGUUUGUUUUUACAUCUUUUGUGCCAGUCUGAUAAUUUAAUCGCAAUGUCUAAUCCAUCAAACGGCUUCAGCGGCCCUCCAGCCACGACUCCUGUCGAUAAACCUCCAGCUCCAUCACCAAUAUAUGAUCCAUUUGCAGGCAAAGUGUUUGAGGCGAGAAGUCUUGUGUAUUGGACUAAUCCCACAAACCUAAUUUGGACGCAAUCGGUACCUGUCUCGAUUCGUGCCACUAUUUUAAGGAAGCAUGAGAAACGCAUUGAUCUGGCAUUUCUUCAUACACGUGGUGAUCAAUCGCAGAGAAUUGCAGAGGCGAAAGAAAGCGAGAUGGAUGACUGGUAUGAUAUCAUGCUGUUUAAUGGCGUUACAAAGUAUGAUGUCAAUGGCAAAUACUUAAGCUGGCGUCCAGUAUCGGAAGGUUUGAAAAAUGAUCAUUAGUUUGGAAUCUUGUAGUAUGGCUUUGAGUCUUUUGGCAACUUUGAAAAUAAUGAUGAGCA